AGGAUACAAUAGUAUUAUUCAACUUUUGUCGGCUCAUAGAUAUGAAGACGAAGUGAUUCUUAUUACUCCACUUUUCGAGCAUGAUAGAUUUCGGAAUGUUUAUCAAAAAAUGACAGUUGAAGAUAUCAAAUCGUAUUUUCGCUCACUUUUUGAAGCACUAAGGGAUGCACAUUCUCAUAAUAUUGUUCAUAGAGAUGUGAAGCCGGGUAAUUUUCUUUACAACAUGAAAGAAAAGAAGGGAAUCUUGGUAGACUUUGGCCUUGCAGAGAGGUUGAGUGCACCGAAUUCCUACCUCGAUAAGAUAUAUGAUGUUCCCAAUGUAGGAACAGUCCAAGUUAUUAACCGUUUUCCUUCGGUAGUUGGUCAAAUUUCGAUCGAGCCUUCCCAAUCCAACAAGCCAGCAGUAAAACGAGUUCGUACAUUGGCAACUUCAAAAAAAAAGUUGACCAAACAGCAAAUAAUCGACGAAUUAACGAAGAGAGGUUUCGUUGAUUUGGAUCCAAAAGGUUAUGAAAAUAAACCCGGAUGGAGAGCAAAUAGAGCAGGUACAAGAGGUUUUCGUGCCCCGGAA